AUGGCUUCCGCAAAGGACGGCCAGAAGAAACAUGUGGUGAUAGUCGGUGCCGGAGGGGCAGGCAUGUCUUGCGCCGCCACCUUGUCUCAGCAUCCAGACAAAUUCAAAGUGACGGUCAUCGAGAAGGGUUCUUGCUGUGGCGGGCAGGCCAUGUCCAUCCCUCUAGACGAGAAGAAGUUUGGAGCGAGCUGGAUGAAUAAUGGCGUGCAAGGUGGCUCUCCAAUCUUCAAGCACACCUUCAACUUCUUCCAUAAGUAUGACCACGAUCCGGAGGAGGUGCAGCUGCAGGUCUCGUUCGGCAAAGGCAAGUCAGGCUUCUGGACCAACGUGUUCCCGUCGCAGCUCGUCGAGAAGUACGCCUCGGACAUCAAAAAGUUUGGCAUCUUCCUCAAACUCAUCAAGUACACGAUGCCCAUCCUGGGCCUCGUCCCCAUCCGUAUCAUGUUGCGGCUCAUGUUCUUCUCCAAGGACUUUGGAGACAAAAUGGUGUACCCCCUCAUCGCCCUGUUCCUGGGCACGGGCAAUCAGACGGCCAACGUGCCCUCCGCCAUCGUCGAGAGGCUUUUUGACGAUCCAAACAUGAAGCUGUGGGACUACGACUCCGAGACCCUCCUACCGAAUCUGCCUAAAAUGGUCACCUUCGAUAAGCUCGCUGCCUUCUACGAGGACUGGCGCAAGGAUCUCGUCUCCAACGGUGUCGACAUCCGCCUCAACACAGAAGUCACACACAUCGUGGGCCGGACGUCCAAGGGCCGCACGUACACCAACAGCUCAGGCGCUGGAGGCGACAGCGGCGAGCAGCAGGAACACUUCGACGACAUGGUCAUGUGCACACUGGCCGACGACGCGCUCCGCAUACUUGGCAAAAAGGCCACCUUUCGCGAGCGCUUCGUGCUGGGAGGAGCCAAGUUCUACGACGACAUCACGGUCACGCAUUGGGACAGCGGCUACUUCAACAAGCACUACGAGACGUCCUUCUCGGCGGACCUCUGCGCGCAGCCCAAGACGCCCGCGCAGGAGGACCAGGUCGCCUUCGCCAAGGGAGAAGACGCCUCCCGGCCCGGCGGGUUCAGGCCCAUGUACUAUACCAAGUCAUACCAGCAGGACCCCAAGAAGAUCGAGAUGAGCUUCGACUGCAGCAACUACCAGCACCAGCUGCUCAAGGCCAACGGCCCCAGGGACGAUGCCGGGUAUCCGCACGUGUACCAGACCAUCUUCCUGGAUAAGCGGAACAGGGACCUGUGGACGUGGCCCGAGAUUGACAAGGACAAGAUCAUCGCCGAGAACUGGUGGCACCAGCUGGGCCAUCGGUGGUCGCACUACCUGCGCGUUGUGCCGAUGAUGAUGUUCAUCAAUGGGAAGAACAAGACGUGGUUUGCCGGAAGCUGGACACUGGUGAACAUGCAUGAGUUGGCUUGUGUGAGCGGCAUCGCCGCUGCGUAUCGGUUGGGCGCCGACUACCACAAGUUCGAUGACUUUGCCGAGGACUUUUUCUCAAAAUAUUUAGCAUUGUCCCAUGGUGUCUUUUACUCAAGAGAAGAGAAAAGAAGGAAAUCGAAGAAGCAGUGA